UCACGUGCGUCACAGGCAACACGUUUUGACGAUAACACAGUAGCUCGGCGGCUCUUCCUCCCUGAAGCUCCGCUGGUUACCCGAGUCGCUGCGCUCAUUUCCCCGCGUCCAGCCACCACGUUGCUCCGCAGACUUUUCUCCAGGGUCGUCUGUUGUUCCAAAAUGGGGAAGAGAAGCAGACAGAGGCAGAAGAACCAGGUCGCCGGCGGCCGGGACAACAGGGACAACGCUGGCUGGGGAGCUGGCUACGCCGACAUCGUCAAGGAGAACAAGCUGUUCGAGCACUACUACCAGGAGCUAGGCCUGGUGCCAGAAGGGGAGUUCGAACAGUUCAUGGAGGCAAUGAGGGAACCGCUGCCCGCCACCAUCCGCAUCACCGGGUACAAGAGCCAUGCCAAGGAGAUCCUCCACUGCCUGAAGGAAAAAUACUUCAAGGAUAUUCAGGAGCUGGAGAUUGAUGGCCAGAUGAUUGAGGCGCCACAAUCUCUUAUCUGGUAUCCUGAUGAGCAGGCCUGGCAAACUAACAUGAGCAGGAAGAUCAUUAGGAAGUCGCCCCUGCUGGAGAAGUUCCACCAAUUUCUAGUCAGCGAGACAGAGUCGGGUAACAUCAGUCGACAGGAGGCUGUCAGUAUGAUCCCUCCACUGCUUAUGAAGAUUGAGUCUCACCACAAGAUCUUGGACAUGUGUGCAGCUCCAGGGUCAAAAACAGCCCAGCUGAUUGAAAUGCUCCAUGCUGACAUGGAAGUGCCAUUUCCAGAGGGCUUUGUAAUUGCCAAUGACGUGGACAACAAGCGCUGCUACCUGCUGGUGCACCAGGCCAAGCGUCUCAACAGCCCCUGCAUCAUGGUGAUCAACCACGACGCCUCCUGCAUCCCCACGCUGCAGAUCCUCUCCGACGGCAAGAAGGACGCCCUCUUCUACGACCGCAUUCUGUGUGACGUGCCCUGCAGCGGGGAUGGCACCAUGAGAAAGAACAUAGACGUAUGGAAGAAAUGGACGACCAGCAACAGCCUGCACCUCCACGGGCUCCAGCUGCGGAUUGCAGUGCGUGGGGUUGAACAGCUGGCUGUGGGAGGGAGGAUGGUCUACUCCACCUGUUCACUCAACCCUAUAGAGGACGAAGCCAUCAUUGCAGCACUGCUGGAAAAGAGCGAGGGAACGUUGGAGCUCGCUGACAGCUCUGCCGACCUGCCGGGGCUGAAGUGGAUGCCCGGUGUCUCUUCCUGGAAGCUGAUGACGAAAGAGGGUCAGUGGUUCUCGGACUGGUCCGAGGUUCCAAACAAUCGGCGAACGCAGAUCCGUCCCACCAUGUUCCCACCCACUGACCCAGAGAAACUGGCUAGCAUGCAUCUGGAGAGAUGUAUGAGGAUUCUGCCACAUCACCAGAACACUGGAGGUUUCUUUGUGGCUGUGCUGGUGAAGAAAGCCCCGAUGCCGUGGAACAAAAGAUUUCCCAAGCUGAGGAAGGAAGUGUCAUCCGGUGCGACGGAACAGACUGGAGGCUCCCUGGCGGCCUCGACCCCCGCAGAGGCUCCCUGCUUCACCGAGAGAGUGGAGGUGGAGGGGGAAGGCCCAGAGAAGGAGGCAUCCAAAAGAGCUUCCUUGGCCCAGGAGACUGCUGCUAAACCAAAUUCAGUGUGUGGGCCUCCACCCAUGAAGAGGAUGAAGCUGUUCGGUUAUAAGGAAGACCCCUUUGUGUUCCUAACUGAAGACGACCCUGUCUUCACCACUAUACAAUCAUUCUACAAUCUUUCCCCCGACUUCCCCAAACUCAAUGUUCUGACCAGGACGCAUGAGGGCAAGAAGAGACACUUGUACAUGGUUUCUAAAGAGCUGCGCAACGUGCUGCUGAACAACAGCGAGCGCAUGAAGGUCAUUAACACGGGGGUGAAGGUGUGGUGCCGCAACAGUGAUGGAGAGGAGUUUGGCUGUGCUUUCAGACUGGCUCAGGAGGGUAUCUACACUCUUCAGCCGUAUAUCCGCUCCAGGAUAAUCGGCGUGAGCGUGGAGGACAUCAAAGUGCUGCUCACCCAGGAGAACCCCUUCCUCAGCAAACUGGAGGACGAUGCUCACGCUCAGGCCAAGAAACUGGUAAUGGGCAGCAUUGUGUUGAAGUAUAUUCCCAACCCAAGUAAGCCAGAGGAGCCUCAGUGUCCAAUCCAGCUGUGUGGCUGGAGGGGAAAGACGUCCAUCCGUGCCUUCGUCCCGCGCAACGAGAGACUUCAUUACCUCCGGAUGUUGGGCGUGGAGGUCUUCAGAGACAAACAGGGCCAGGGGCACAAAGAGGGAGAUGGAGAAAAGGGGGGAAAGGAAGAGGUGGAGGACGAGGUGCAGAAGGUCACAGAGGAGGAAAUGGAGGCCGGAAAUGAAGGAGACCUGGAUUUGAAGAACGGCGAGGAAAACGGAUCGUCAGAACCAAAGGCCGACAGCAGCAACCAGGGGGCGAGUGGCUGAACGUUUCCAGGCGACAGGAGAGAGACAGCAGGAUUGACUGAGGACGUGUUAGAGCUCUAUAAGCUGUUUAGCAGAUCCAGGACCACAUGAUGUGGUAGAGGAGGGUAAUACGCUUCUUCCCUGUUUAUCACACAGAAGGAUUCCCUCUCAGGGAUGGACUCCCUUGAGAUAUUUCAUUUUCUGAUCCCUCCAGGAGUCGGCUGUUAGUUAAUGGCCUUUCUUAUUUUAUAAAGCUUGUUCGCGUUUUAACAAAUUUAUUCCACUGAUCAGGUGUCAUUAGUUUUUUGUUUUUUUCCCGCCACAGGAUCCUGUUUGAGAGUUUUAUAUUAACGACCAUCUCAUUUUUUUACAUCUGUAAUUCAGCAGAACCACAGAGUUCAUUAAAGAGUGGAAUGCUAA